GAAACUCUCUUUCUCCCAUGGCCACGACAAAUCUUUUCCAACAGUGAAUAAGUACGAAGUUCAUUCAGAACGUGAAAACUGGGAAGGGCAAAAUGCAAAAACAUGAUGUUCGAGUUGUAGAAGAAGAAACGUGCUAGUUUGCUGAGGUCAACGAGGUCAACGCUGCUUUUGGAGCUUAAGGGGCAUCAUGGAGAUCAUCUAGUACUAAGAGAGAUUCAUGAGAAUGAGGUUCUUUUGGAGCUGCAUGGAGCGAGUGACUUCAUGGUGCUUCAUGGGACAGUUUCUCAUUUGUGCAAUUCUGGUGCUUGACGUGAUGCUGAAGGUUUCUGCUAAUUCAGAAGGUGAUGCCCUGAAUUCUUUGAAGAACAGCUUGACAGAUCCUGGUGAUGUUCUUCAAAGCUGGGAUUCCACUCUUGUCAAUCCAUGUACAUGGUUUCAUGUUACUUGCAGCAAUGAUAAUAGUGUGAUCCGUGUUGAUCUAGGAAAUGCAAACCUUUCCGGUCAACUAGUUCCGCAACUUGGUCAGCUCCCAAAUUUACAGUACUUGGAACUUUAUAGCAAUAAUAUCACUGGGAAAAUUCCAAUUGAGCUUGGAAAUUUGAAAAACUUGGUGAGCUUGGAUCUGUACGUGAAUAAGUUAACCGGCCCUAUACCGGACUCAUUGAGCAACCUUAAAAAGCUACGUUUCCUGCGUCUCAACAACAAUAGUUUGUCAGGAAAAAUUCCCAUGUCUUUGACAAGUGUGAUGUCACUGCAAGUCCUUGAUCUAUCAAACAACAAUUUAACAGGAGAUGUUCCAAUAAAUGGUUCAUUUUCAAUGUUCACUCCAAUCAGUUUUAAAAAUAAUAACCCUGGCUUGAAUGAAACAAACCCUCCAUCUCCCCCCACUGCUCCACCUCCAAAAGCUUCUUCAGGUAACAGUGCCACUGGAUCUAUUGCUGGAGGAGUUGCUGCAGGUGCUGCUCUGUUGUUUGCAGGCCCUGCCAUUGCAGUUGCCUGUUUGCGAAGAAGGAAACGUGCUGAUUAUUUCUUUGAUGUUCCUGCUGAGGAGGAUCCUGAAGUUCAUCUUGGUCAGCUUAAAAAGUUUUCGCUGCGUGAGCUGCAAGUCGCUACAGAUAGCUUUAAUAGCAAGAAUAUUCUUGGAAGAGGAGGGUUUGGCAAGGUUUAUAAAGGACGCCUUACCAAUGGUACUCUUGUAGCAGUAAAAAGACUUAAAGAGGAACGCACGCAGGGUGGGGAGCUUCAAUUUCAAACUGAAGUGGAAAUGAUUAGCAUGGCUGUCCAUCGUAAUUUGCUCCGGUUGCAUGGUUUUUGUAUGACACCUACCGAACGGUUGCUUGUGUAUCCUUUCAUGGCAAAUGGAAGUGUAGCAUCUUGUUUACGAGAUCGUCCAGAAACACGUCCACCACUUGACUGGAAAAAAAGGAAGAGUAUAGCACUGGGGUCUGCUCGGGGACUUGCUUAUUUACAUGAUCAUUGUGAUCCAAAGAUUAUUCAUCGUGAUGUCAAAGCUGCUAAUAUAUUGCUGGAUGAGGAUUUUGAAGCAGUUGUUGGAGAUUUUGGCUUAGCAAAGCUGAUGGAUUACAGAAAUACUCAUGUUACCACUGCUGUACGUGGCACAAUCGGGCAUAUAGCGCCGGAGUACCUCUCAACCGGAAAGUCUUCAGAGAAGACUGAUGUUUUUGGAUAUGGUGUGAUGCUUCUUGAACUGAUAACCGGACAGAGGGCUUUUGAUCUAGCGCGUCUUGCCAAUGAUGAUGAUGUCAUGUUGCUUCAUUGGGUUAAAGGACUUCUGAAGGACAAGAAGCUGGAGACACUGGUUGAUGCAGAUUUACAGGGAAAUUAUGAAGAUGAAGAGGUAGAGCAACUGAUCCAGGUGGCCUUGUUGUGCACACAAAGCUCCCCUAUGGAAAGGCCUAAGAUGUCUGAGGUGGUGAGCAUGCUAGAAGGUGAUGGUUUGGCAGAAAAAUGGGAUCAAUGGCAGAAAGGGGAGAUGAACCAGCAUGAAUUCGAUCGCAUGUGCUAUCAUGCUGCUGAUAUGCUCUUAGACUCCACUUUCAAUAUCCCAGCAGAUGAACUCUCUGGUCCUAGAUGAUCUUUCAACAUUCAAUGGCCAAGCCAAUACACAACCGUAUUCGCACCUUGUUAGGUCUUCUAGAUGACUUUUUGAAUAUUCACAAGAAGCAAAAACAUAAUGAAACCAGACUGCUUUCUUUUUUGAGAGUUAUACACUACAAAGUUGUAUAUGAUUUCCAUCCUGUGUGUUCUGAUUUCAUCAUUUUAGGUUAUCCUCAUGUGUUGGACCACUUGCUCUUAAUCAUGUUAUGAUUAUUAUAGGAAAAGAAGAUAUUUGUAAUUUGUAUUGGGUACUGAAGUUGGAAAGUGUAGGUCACAGAGUUCCGAGGAACCUGUCAUUGUAUGGAACAUGGAAAUGAGUAUAAAAUUUUGUGAAAAUAGCACAAUACAAGUUCUAAAGAGAA